AUGGCAUCUAAAACUUUGUUCCUUUUCUGCGCGCAAAUUUUUCUUUUUAAGACAAUUUCUGCAUAUUGUAAUAAUCCUGCAUGGGUAUCAGGCUUUCCUGUAGAAGGUUUGGGUUGGACAACCCCAGGUUAUGCUUAUGAAACUGCUGCCCCAUGCACUUCUCCAGUCUCAUUCUUGGGAGCAUAUGACCUCGCUGCUUCGCCCAUCUCGUACGGCGGUGGUUUUGGUAUCUUAAGUGCGUCUCCAGUUCAACCUUACGGGGUCUCCGUAAUAUCUGAAAACGCAAUCGAUGGUAUCCUGGCUGUCGGAGGUGAACUGCCAUUUUUAGGCACAAUUGGAUUGGAAGGUGUUCUGCUCAAUAAUGGAGCUGGUGCUGUCUCCUACGGCCCAGUAGCCAACGGUCUUGGAUAUGCCCCCGGUUGGCCGGGAUCUGCUCUUGGUUGUGGAUGCGGUGGCAAUGCCGUUUACUAA